AUGGACCCCGGCGAAGCCGCCAUUUUGGAGUCUUCCCUAAGGAGCUUCUACCGGCUUUUCGCGCCGCUACCGCCGCUGCCAGCGGCCUUGCCGGGCAGGAUGAAUGUGAUAGACCACGUGCGAGACAUGGCGGCCGCGGGGCUGCACUCUAACGUGCGGCUCCUCAGCAGCUUGUUACUUACAAUGAGUAAUAACAACCCUGAGUUAUUCUCCCCAUCCCAGAAGUACCAGCUCUUGGUGUAUCAUGCAGAUUCUCUCUUUCAUGAUAAAGAGUAUCGAAAUGCUGUGAGUAAGUAUACCAUGGCUUUGCAGCAGAAGAAAGCCCUAAGUAAAACUUCAAAAGUGAGGCCUUCAACUGGUAAUUCUGCAUCUACUCCACAAAGUCAGUGUCUUCCAUCUGAAAUUGAAGUGAAAUACAAAAUGGCUGAAUGUUAUACAAUGCUAAAACAAGAUAAGGAUGCCAUUGCUAUCCUUGAUGGGAUCCCUUCAAGACAGAGAACUCCCAAAAUAAACAUGAUGCUGGCAAAUCUCUACAAGAAGGCUGGUCAAGAGCGCCCUUCAGUCACUAGCUAUAAGGAAGUACUGAGGCAGUGCCCAUUAGCCCUCGAUGCCAUUCUAGGUUUGCUGUCUCUUUCUGUAAAAGGCGCAGAGGUGGCAUCGAUGACAAUGAAUGUGAUCCAGACUGUGCCUAACUUGGAUUGGCUCUCUGUGUGGAUCAAAGCAUAUGCUUUUGUGCACACUGGUGACAACUCGAGAGCAAUCAAUACCAUCUGUUCACUAGAGAAAAAGUCCUUAUUGCGAGAUAACGUGGACCUGCUGGGAAGCUUAGCAGAUCUGUACUUCAGAGCUGGAGACAAUAAAAACUCUGUCCUCAAGUUUGAACAAGCACAGAUGUUGGAUCCUUAUCUGAUAAAAGGAAUGGAUGUAUAUGGCUACCUUCUGGCAAGAGAAGGGCGGCUAGAGGAUGUGGAGAACCUUGGCUGCCGCCUUUUCAAUAUUUCUGAUCAGCACGCAGAACCCUGGGUAGUCUCUGGGUGUCAUAGCUUUUAUAGCAAACGUUACUCUCGGGCUCUCUAUUUAGGAGCCAAGGCCAUUCAGCUGAAUAGUAAUAGCGUUCAAGCUUUGCUACUUAAGGGAGCAGCACUUAGAAACAUGGGCAGAGUCCAAGAAGCAAUAAUCCAUUUUCGGGAGGCUAUACGGCUUGCACCUUGUCGCUUAGAUUGUUAUGAAGGUCUCAUUGAAUGUUAUUUAGCUUCCAACAGUAUUCGUGAAGCAAUGGUAAUGGCUAACAACGUUUAUAAAACUCUAGGAGCAAAUGCACAGACCCUUACCCUUUUAGCCACUGUUUGUCUUGAAGACCCAGUGACACAGGAGAAAGCCAAAACUUUAUUAGAUAAAGCCCUGACCCAAAGGCCGGAUUACAUUAAGGCUGUGGUGAAAAAAGCAGAACUACUUAGCAGAGAACAGAAAUAUGAAGAUGGAAUUGCUUUGCUGAGGAACGCACUAGCUAAUCAGAGUGACUGUGUCCUACAUCGGAUCCUAGGAGAUUUCCUUGUAGCUGUCAAUGAGUAUCAGGAAGCAAUGGACCAAUAUAGUAUAGCACUAAGUUUGGACCCCAAUGACCAGAAGUCUCUAGAGGGGAUGCAGAAGAUGGAGAAGGAGGAGAGUCCCACGGAUGCCACUCAGGAGGAGGAUGUGGACGACAUGGAAGGGAGUGGGGAAGAAGGGGACCUGGAGGGCAGCGACAGUGAGGCGGCCCAGUGGGCUGACCAGGAGCAGUGGUUCGGCAUGCAGUGAGGCAGGCGGCAGCUCUGUGGCCACACUGGCCCGCCUUGCUCUGAGCACUUCCGUGGACUGAAGGAGCCCGGAGGAGCCCGCUCGCUGGGAGGACAUUGAUUCCGCAUGUAAUUGUAGCAGGGGUCUCUGCCCCUUGCUCCGUAUUUCUAGUAGUGAAUUCAUUUUUAAAAACUGAGCCUGAUCAACCUUCCAUCUAUCUCUGUCCUCCCCUGCUCCAGCCUGGGAGGAUCGAGUGAGCUCUCUGGGAGGCCUGCAGAUGUGCCAGGGCUUCUGGGACAGAGUGCUUUUUAUAUAACUAAUUUCUAAGUCUGAAAGUUGAGGAAUAGACAGUGUUUUGUCUGUGACAUUGUGGGUGAGUUAAAAGGAGUGAUCUGUCACCCAAAGCAAAAGUAUCCUCUCCCAUGUCAGACAGCAGCAUGGGCUGGCCCUUUGAGAGGGUUUUCUGUCCCGGAAAUCAUCGUCCUGAGCUGUCCAAACUUCCCUAGUAACCUUGCUUCCUUCUGCAAUGUUAGUAAUGCCUUAAGCUGACAGUUGCUAUUUUGCAGAACAGUUUUCCUAUUUGCUAAUCUGGUAACUUGCCUAUGAGCCUGGGCCGGAUCUGAGAAACAGGUGUGACCUAGAGCAUGACCAGAGGUAUACACCUGAGGUAAUUAACUAAUAAAACUGUUUUUUGUACAGUAAUGGUGUUGGGUUGAUCAGAAUGGAAGCCCUUUAUAGAUUCUUCCUUUUGUUGGUCUCUCACACUGCAUUGAUUUCAGCCCCAGAAUUAUUUGCCAUAAAUACACUUCCUUUCUUCCCAAAGUGUUGGGAGCCAGGAGAAUCGGGAACUUCGGGUAACAUUGAACUGAUUCAUCUAUUUGCAUUUUUGAUUGGUUAAAUCCCCUUGGGAGCGAGUCUUUGGCCUGAUUUUAGACUGGUUCUUCUUCCCAGUUCUGUCAGGGGCACUAAAAUUGGUGCUUGGUUUCAGCAUUCUGUAAUGGGGUCAUCAGAGGGCACCUUCCUUGGGCUUGGUGCUGGGAGAGUUCGCCUGCUGUCUUCCCCUUGUUUCUUCAGAUGCAGUGCUUUUCACUAUAUCCUUAACUUGGAGGUGAAGUGGGGAGAAUGGCACAGCUAACCCCAAAUUCUCAUUAAAACAAAAUUAGUCAGAGGUGGUGAUUUUGACGUAAAUGGAAAGUUCUGUCUUAAAGUGUAAAAACCAUGGAAGUGUACAGUAGUUUAGGAGCUGAGAACAUCUGAUAAAUAAAAGGGCAAAAAAGUUCAAGUA